CGUUUUUUCGUAACACAAACGACGUGUCGUCUUUCUUUAGCGAAAAAUAAAAAGUAAAUACUGCUUUCAAAAGAUGAUGUGCCCUCCCUUUUAAUCGCGCUCGCUGUUAAUGCUGAAGCUGAAAUAAUGGCCAACACCAAUCCCUCACAGCUCCUUCCGUCAGAGCUCAUAGACAGGUGCAUAGGGUCGAAAAUAUGGGUCAUAAUGAAAGGAGACAAGGAGCUUGUUGGUACUCUCAGGGGUUUUGACGUCUAUGUCAACAUGGUCCUUGAAGACGUUACUGAAUAUGAAAUUACAGCUGAAGGGCGACGCAUAACCAAGCUUGAUCAGAUAUUGCUGAAUGGAAAUAACAUUGCCAUUAUAUACUACUAGGACCUAGAAUGGUUCAGAUAUGGCAUGAGAUACGGUGAGCCAAGGGAAAUGAGAAAUAGGUUGAAUACUUGAGGCUGAACUCUGCAGCCCCUACUCUGGUGGAUAUAUAGAGAACAUGGUUAUUUAAAUCCAUUGAUUGCGAUGCCAUGAUUUUAAGCUAUCAGCUUGUUAAUGUCAGUGACAUUAUUACGAGUAAGCUACCAUGUAAGCAUCCAUGAUGUGGAAUGAUAAUUGCUAAUAUUUCCUUUCAUUUGUGAUGAUAUAUUCGUAUAUUCCUCUGUUUUUCUUUGGAGUUAUUAAAUGAAUGGUUAUCUUGUUUUCAUACAUUGUGAGGCCAAGAUGACCUGAUAGCAGCACGCCCAGCUAAUCGGGUGAAAGGAAACCAACUAGAGAGUCCUGAAUAGUGAGAUUUGGCUAACAUCCUCAUCCCAUUCUGUAAGCCGCCCCCAGCCUUUUCGUUUGGAAAUCGGAAUGGGCCAGAAUCCCUUGUCAUUUAUUGUACAGUAAAUGGUAUUAUUUGGUUCAAGGAUGAUAAUAAGCGUUGGAAUUUCAGAAUACAAUUUACUUUA